CAAGUGAGACUCAUCUGGCAAGGGAAAAAUUUUCAUUUUGAGACUGAGAUUUGGGGGGGAAAGAGUAAAAAAAUGUCACAAUUCUGGCAUGCGAAUUGGGCAGAAGAUACGUUCAAGCCGCACAUGCUUGGAAAUUGGGAAGUUCCGAAUUGGCAUCCACGAUGGCCUUGUUGGAAACAUUGCAGGCCGACAACUUUUUUGACUGAUAACUCUGGGCAUAUACUACCGGAUAAGCCAAGAUCAAAAAGAUCUCCUUGGGGCGAUUACAAGGGCACUUGGCAACUGCCAAAGAGAAUCAGUAGGGAAAUGGCUAACAAACUGUCUGACACACAAAAACACAAACGUGCUGCUUGGGAAGCACAUAAAAAACACUACGCAGAACUUUGCUCUGAAAACGGAGCAACAAAUUCGAAGAAGAAGACAAAGUCAAAAGCGAAAGAAGCUGAGAUUGUUGAAAAGACAACGAGAGCGAGCCUGGGCUUUGGAGCUGCUGAAACACCGGUGCCAACAAAAAAUGAAGAACAACAAGAAUGAAUUUUGAAGAAUUAUCCAGUAACAGAUAAAUUUUAACUGAGAAUCAUUGACAUCUGAAAACAGUGGUAUGAAUUGGCAAAACUGUUAAAUUGGAGAAGAAAGCGAUAGAAAUAACCUACCGAACUAAACCCAAAACCAUACUGCCCCAAAUUCAUUGAUCCGAUAAGUUUCUGCUACUCCAUAUUAAUUCUACAAUGAAAGCGUAAUAUUUACGAAAUUAGUUGAGAAUUUUAAGUAUCAUUAUUCUUUGCCCUUUUUCCAAACUUUUUUACAUACCCGGUCAAACGAUAAAGAUGUACAUUCGCUCGAUCAUGGUCUUUAACUGCUGGACUCCACGGAUAAACCUCAUUCAUAGAUGAUUUCCACCAUACUAAAAUCUGCUUACGCGUUUUUAUUAGGGUUUCACGCAUUGUAAUCACAGCCACAGAUAUGUAUUACUAUUUUUUAUUGGUGAAUAGCCACAUUGAUCAACGAAUAAAAGGAAUUUUGAAUGGAAUCGUGCAUGAGUAAGGGAUUUUGUGAAA